AAUUAAGAUCCCUGAGCUACCUAUUUAUGUCACAACCUUGAAGGAGGCAGUAUCAGCACAAGCACAAUUUCUACAAGUAGUGGACAAGCAAAACAAGUUACUGAAAAUGCAGAGCAAGGCAAGCGAACUGAAAAAUUUCUAUGAAAAUAAUGGUUACCUUACAGGACAUCACAUCCUAGACAAAAAUGAGCUUGCACUGGCCACUCAGAAUUUUUCAGCUUUAGAAGAUAAAUUUGGUAAAGUAUACACCCAAUACAGCCUUCACAAUGUGCAUUUACAGUACAAGUGGGUGAUGGAUUUAGCUGCCAAUCCUUUGGUCCUCCAAGCCAUUAUUGCAGUUUUGGGGCCCAAUGUCAUUCUGCUUGAUUCUCGGUUUAUCUGUAAGUAUCCAGCCUCCGAUGUCCCUCACAAAAACGAUGUGGUCCCCUAUGUUGCCUGGCAUCAGGACAUCAGAUAUUGGGGCUUUGACGGAGGAUCUGUAGCCUCCGUGUGGUUGGCUUUGGAUGACGUUGAUGAAGAAAAUGGGGUUCUGCAGGUUAUUCCAGGAAGCCACAAACUAGGCCUACAGGAACAUGGAACAAGUACCAUUCCUGGAAACAUGUUGACAUCAAAUCAGGAGAUUCCCGAGCAUUUGGUUGAAGCUGAGAAGGCUGUUUUAUGUCCUCUAAAAGCAGGGCAAAUGUCUAUCCAUGAUGGUUUGACAGUCCAUUUCAGUGAACCCAACAUGUCAAACAGGCGUAGAUGUGGCUUUGUGAUCCGUUAUGUCCCCACUACUGCUUAUCCUAUUGAAGAUGCGGACAGACCCCGUUCUUUCCCUGCGACAGUGCUAGUAGCUGGAACUGACAGGUUCAACCACUUUCGAAACAAUGCGCCAGAUAACUUCGCUAAAAUAUUCUGAGAAAAUUAUAGCAACCUCGAGUGAUUGUUAUAGAAAUCUUGUAACUGAAGACAUAAACAGUUGUAAUAU